CCCGCCCCUGUAAUGUUUAUUGAUCAGCUCCCCGGCAGGCAGGCGGGCCUGUGUGACAGCGGUCAGAUUAGUCUUGGAUAUGGCGUCGCAGCGCCGACACGGGAUGAAUUUUCCUCUCUCUGUGGGAAUUUUCCAGCCGUGUUCCGGGGACGCUCCUGCCUUUUGAGGCUGCUGACACCGGGGGGUGUGCUGGACAUACAUGGCGAUGGAGGAGGAGGAGGAAAACAGCCCAGCGGUCCCUGCCAUCAACAUCCGAGCCGACACCAAGAAGGGAGGCGAUGCCGGAGACAACGGGGCUUGUAUCGACAGGCAGCCGGACACGGCGGUCCACCAAGCGGGGCUGAGCCGGACCGCGGGUCGCGGCAGCCGCAGCGGACCCGGAGCUCACUCCGCGACCGGGAUCCGCGUGCUGAAGCGCAACAUGAAGAGGAACGGGAGCCGGAGCUGCGUGACGAGGAAAACCAGAUUCGGGUCACGAGAGCGGGACUGGCUGAAGGGGGACACCCAACGAGGCUGUGUGUGCCUCUACGGCGGCACCACAGAUCCCCAGCCGCCUGCUUCAGGCCCACAGGCCUCCUCCACCCCUCAGACAGACCUGCAGUUGGUGCUCUGCUCCACCAGCACCACCGUGGAGGAGCUCUGUGCUCAGAGAAACGGACAGGGACUCUACGUUCAGCUGCAUGGAGACCUUCUCAGGAGGCUGGACCCCAGCGAGCGUCCCCUCCAGAUGGUUUACGAUUACCUGACAUCGAUGGGUUACGCAGACCCGGUGCGAGUGCAGCAUGAAGCGGCCAACUCUGACCUCAGCUGCAUGAUCCGUUUCUACAGCGAGAGGCCAGUGAAUGCAGACCAGCAGGAGCGGACCUUGUUGAAGGGUGUGUUCAGCGUCCGAAAAGGCAAGACGCAGCUGCACAAGUGGGCAGAGCGGCAGGUUAUUCUGUGCGGCACGUGUUUAAUAGUGGCCUCUGUGAAAGACAGUCUGGCGGGGAAGAUGCAUAUCCUGCCCCUGGUGGGCGGAAAGGUUGAGGAGGUGAAGCGGAGGCAGCACUGUCUGAUGUUGAGCUCCGCCGGAUCGCAGGCACAAACUUACUUUGUCAAUUUCGACACGCUCGCCGACUACCAGCGAUGGCACCGGCAGGCGUCAAAAGUGGUUUCUCAGACGGUGAGUGUUGUGGACCUGUCCUGCUACAGCCUGGAGACGGUGCCUGAAUAUCUGUUUUACUGUCAAGAUCUCACCCACCUCAACCUGCGGCACAACUUCAUGAGGCUGCAGGGACCUGGAAGCCUGCUGAACCUCCCCAGGUUUUCCCAGCUGAAGAGUCUGAACAUAUCUCACAACCGUCUGGGUGUGUUCCCUGAGUGUGUGGGUGAGAUUCUCUCUCUGACCGAGCUGAACCUGUCCUGCAACAAUCUGCACACCGUCCCUGUUCAGAUUGGCAACCUGCAGAGCCUGCAGACUCUUUGUUUGGAUGGGAACCACCUAAGCUCACUACCUGAAGAGCUUGGUGAUCUGUCUCAGCUCAACAGCUUGGGUCUCUCCUUCAACAACUUCUCUCACAUCCCAACGGUCCUGGAGAAACUGUGUGCAGUGGACAAGCUGGCCAUGGCCGGGAACAGAGUGGAGAGCUUGGAGCUGACCACUCUGGCUCGAAUGAUCCACCUGAGGAACAUCGAUCUGCGGUUGAACGGACUCAGGUGUGUUAAAUGUGAGACUCCAGAUCUAGUGAGCCACGUAACCCAGCUGGACUUGCGCGAUAAUUGCUUGGACUCGCUCGACCUGAGCUCCGUCUGCAACCUGGAGACUCUGCACUGCCAGCGGAACCAGCUGGGGACACUCACGCUCAGCGGUUUCUCACUGCGCAUGCUUCAUGCCGGCAGCAACCGCCUCACAACAGUCAACGUCUAUCCAGUCCCGAACCAGCUCACACACAUGGACCUUUCACAGAACCUGUUGGAAUACCUUCCAGCCUGGGUGUGUGACUGUCGAAAAAUUGAGAUGCUGGAGCUUCAACACAACCUGCUGUUUGAACUUCCUUCCAGGUUGCUGAACAGCUUAAGUUUGAGGAAACUGCUGACGGGGAACAAUCGUUUGCAGAGAGUGCCUGACCUACUUGACCAUAUUCCUCUGGAAGCCCUUGACCUGCAGCAUAACAAGCUGAGCGAACUUCCAGAGAGUCUCUUUUACAAGGCCUUAAACCUGAAAUACUUAAACGUGUCAGCCAACGCCCUGCAAAGUAUUCCCCCCAGUAGCCAAUCAGAAGAGAGCCUCAGCACUCUCCAGGAGCUCUACCUGACCGGGAACAAUCUGAACGAGAACUGCGGCGCUCUGUUGGUCGGACACCAGAACCUGCGGAUCCUUCACAUCGCUUACAACCAGCUGCUCUCCUUCCCAGCCAGUAAGCUGAGUAAACUGGAACUGCUGGAGGAGCUAAAUUUAAGUGGGAACAAGCUAAAGACGAUCCCCUCCACGGUGUCCAGCUGCAAGCGGCUGCACACUCUCAUAGCACACUCGAAUCAAAUAACCGUCUUCCCAGAAAUCCUCAACCUGCCUGAGAUCAAGCUUGUAGAUCUAAGCUGCAAUGAGCUGACUGAGAUUCAACUACCUGACUCCUUGCCUGCCACACUGCAAGAGCUGGACUUGACGGGCAACCGCAGCCUGACGCUGGAACACAAAACCCUCAAUCUGUUCAGCCACAUUACCACGCUGAAAUUAGACCAGAAAUCUGCCCCGACACCCGGAGACUCCCUGGGCUCCUCGACUCUCUGGAAGCACGGUUACUCCGAGAUGAGAGGCCAAAGGAAUAAGUUGUGUGUUUCCGUGCUUGCCGUGGACCGUUUUGGAGACGGUGGCGAAGGUUGUUACGGGAUCUUUGAUGGCGACCGCAACGAGGAGGUGCCACGCCUCCUGCAGUGCACCAUGGGAGAUGUGCUUUGCGAAGAACUCCAGCACUCCUGUGUUGACACAAUGUACAUGUGCAACACAUUUCUCACCUCACACAGAAAACUUGGCAUGGCUGGACAGAAACUCGGUGCAUCAGCCUUGUUGUGCUACAUUCACCGUGAGACGUCGGAGCCCGGGAGCUGCUUUAGCCUAACUGUGGCUAACGUUGGAACAUGCCAGGCCAUUCUGUGCCGUGAUGGACGGCCUGUACAGCUCUCAAAGGUUUUCAGCUUGGAGAACUCCACCGAGGAGAUGGAGAGGGUUAAAGUCAAUAAAGCCAUUAUAACAGAGGAUAACAAAGUGAGUGGAGUGACGUGCUGCUCUCGCUUGUUGGGCUGUUCAUAUCUGUCUCCCUGGGUGCUUCCAAAGCCCUGGGUGCACACUGAGCCACUCUGUGCCAAGGAUGAGUUCCUGAUCCUAGGGAACCGGGUCCUUUUUGAGCAUGUGUCCUAUCAGGAGGCUGUGUAUACUGUACAGGCCAUGCGGGAUCCACAUGCGGCCGCCAAGAAACUGUGCUCCCUUGCCCAGAGCUAUGGCUGCAAGGACAACAUCGGAGCCGUGGUGGUGUCACUGCAUGUUGGUGAGGACAGCUGUACUUGUGAGCCGUCGGUGUUGAACGAUGAACUGCGGGGUCCAACCCCGGCCCCUAUGCCAGUGUCUGUGACUCCAUGCCCCAGUGAUUCAGGAAACAUCUCGUCUAGCAGUGGCAUUGGUACCGAGUUCAGCAGUGAGACAUCAGCCUCGGAGGUGGGCAGUGAGGCAGGGUCCACCGCUUCGGAUGAGCACCCAUCCUCUGGCCCUGCGUCUCGCCCAGAGAGGCGCUGCAGCCUCCACCCUGCUCCUGCAGUCUGCGGGAUCAUGGUCCCAGGUCCAGCUCCAACAAGAACUCACCCCGGUGUUUUCCAGCGCCAGCCCUCUAGUGCUACUUUCUCAAGCAACCAGUCUGACAACGGCUUGGACAGCGAUGAUGAAGCUCCACUUGAAGGGGUCAUCUCUAAUGGUAGUAAGUUAGAGGUGGAGGUAGACAUUCACUGCUGUGCUUUCCAGCUCCGGCCAGGGGCCCCUGAGAGCCCGAAGGAGCUGAAUCUUGAAAAUCGCAACGGCAAAAUGCGCAGACAGAAUAGCGUGGUGGUUUCUGCUACAAAUGGUUGUCUGCUGGCUGUAUGUGGUAGAGAGAAUGGAGACCUCAAGAAGUCACCUUCCACAUCCAGCCUAUUCGGUAAGAAACUGUCCAAUGGUUCUGUGGUGGCCCCAGAAGACAGUCAUAAUAUCAUUGAGGUUGCCCUGGAGGCGCCUAAGAAAAAAUCUGGGUACUUCACCGCCCCAGCUCAGCAGGACCCAGAGGACCAGCUAAUUGUGCCUCCUGGUCUUGAGCAGGAGGUCAGAGAGCAGCUGAAAGGCCAGAGCCUUCAUGUCUCGGGCAUCUCCACACUGCCAACACCCACUUGCGUAAAAGAUCCACUAUGGGACCAACCACACCCUCCUGCAUUUGCCUCCACCUUAGUUCCAGGACCAGGCCUCGCUACCGUCCUGCAGCAGGAAGUCUACGAUACCGCCCUCUAGGACACUGAGACAGCCAUUUGGCUCCAGUGUGGAUUGUGCCAUUCUAGAGAUGUAGGACUAUCUCCUACAGCUGGUUUAGUUGGAAGAAGUUGCCAUUUGAAAACAUUUUAAGAAGACAAGAAAAGCCUUUAGAACUCUGUUAAAAACUGAUACUGUGCCAUUAAAGAGAGAUAAGCAGAAUAUAGGGCUGAACAAGGUUUCCACACGUCCAAUAUAUCAACAGCAUUUCCCUUUACUUGGAAAGUUAAGCAAUCUGAUGGAUGCAGAAAAGAUUGUGGUUGGUCUCCCCACCAGGAACCCAAAGGUGUCUCAGGUCCUGCAGAGACUGAAGCUUGAAAAAGUGCCUAAUAUGGACGACACAUCAGAGAGCUCAACGCAUCCAGGUUAAGAGUUGGGAUGAGAGUUUGUUUUAGCGAUAGUCAGACAGAACACGGUCUGUACGAACACUCGAUGUCCCUGGACACCUUUCUAUGGCUAUUGAAGCUCGGUCCAUUGCUGUCUUUGUUUAGUGCAGAAAAAUAUGUUGAAAACUUGAGUUUUUGUCUCAUAAUCCCAUCAGAAUUCAGCCUAAAUAAAGUUGAGCUUUGCUCAACCCCAAACAACUUUCAACUACAUUCAAAUAUUUUUAAGUGGACGUCUUUUCACCAGUAACUUUUCGCUUCAUGAUGUUCCAACAGAAAAUGAUGCUAUAGUUUCCAUGUCUCUUCAGUGAAAAUUGUCUAGUGGGUGCAGAUACAACUCUCGUCUCUUAGUGGCUCACACAAAGAGAACUGGAGAUAAUCUCUUAACCCAAAUGGUACGUUCAAAAGAAUAUCAGCAUUGUAUUUUGUUUUACUUUCAAAGAGAAAUCUCAAUCCUGACCCAAAGGUCACAUGUCAACUUUACAAAAAAAAAUAAAGAACUGAAAAGACUUAAGAUGUCACCAACAUAAAAGUCAAGAAUAACUGCCUUUAUGUUGUUCAAAUUAUUAAUUUGGGUUUUAUUUUAUAGAAUCUUACAAACUGGAUCAAUCGUUGUAGAAAUCACUCUCUGCAGCCACUGAGGGAUUAGCUUCAAGUGCACUGCAGACCUUUUAUGGGUUGUUUGACAGUGAAGAUAUUCAGCUUUAGUGAUUGUGACAGUAGAAUGAUCAGUGAAGAUGAAUCCCCAUAAAAGAAGAAUAAAUAUUUUGAGUUUAAGCAUUUUGAACACAUUCUGACUUAUUCAUUUGAACAAAUCAGCCAGACAGUCAGUGCAAGUGUAAAAUGAUGUUUUAUCUAUCUUCUUAUUUAAAAUCUCUUUUUAUGUGUAGACAGAUUAUUCUUAUUUAUUAACAUUUGAGGCUGCUGAUAGUAGUUAUAUUAUACAGCGAUGCUAUGAACAAACUUGUCAUCUACUUGUCAUUUUCUCACUUUUACUCCAUGGAUUUUAUUUUUUUUUUCCCCUCUAUUUUUCUGCUUGUUCUGUCAAAUGUUGGACUUAGAAGCUGCUUUGCCAAACUGCGGUUAGAGGAAAUGGGAUUUGUCAGGGCAAGAUGAAUGUUUGACUGGCAAGAAAUCAGUCAUAGCUGAGUGGAAAACUUACAGCUCAAUCACUUGACUUGACCUGAACAACAUGGAAAUGAAUCUGAACAAAUAUCUUAGGUGAACAAAAUUUAAACAAUGUUCAAACUAUUACAAAGUAUUCAUUCCAAACGUUCAGAAAUUUUUGAAGAUUAAAUCUUAGAAAUAGAGGCUUGUCCUGAUGUCAUUUUGAAGUUGUUUUUUUUUUCUUUUCUAUAUACGUUUAUGUGCUGUAUUGCUUUUUUAAAUCAUUGGUGAAUGCUUCUUCAGAUUUCAGCAAACAAAAUAAAAAGAUAUGACGUAUGCGGUAUUUGACACCAGAAGGACUUUCUUACUAAGUAAGUCACUCAGAGUAUGCAACAAUUUCUUCCCCCCUUCAAAGCUUUGGCAUCAUGUUACAUGAUAACACAGAGCCCUCAGCCAUUAUUUGCACCCACUAUCUUUAAUGAUAAAUGGACCUUUAUCGAGUCCAGAGAACCAAAGUACUGACUUCACACUACGUUCAGUAGUAGCCUGAUUUCAAAAUAUUAUUACUUAAGAAGUAAAAAUUACUAGUUAGAACUAGUAACUCUGAUCUACUUGUAAACAAAAAGCUAUGUAUAGAUUUAAUAAGUCUCAGUUAGCUAUAAGAAAUUUCCAUUAAAUGUUGCCGUGGCAGUUCUGCAUAAAGCAAUUAUUUCUUACGGUAUUUGACUCCACAGGAUACAUGCACUAAGCUAGAGGUUGGAUUUCUCUGGUUUCUGUUUGAUAUUAUGCUGGUGGAAUAAAAGAUUUUUUUAUAAUGAUAUUUACUUUCAGUGCCAGUAAAUCCUGAGGUUUCUGUACCCAUGGUUAUGAACUAUAAUUGUAUUUAUGAUGCCUAAAUUAUUAGGGGAAACUCAGUAUCGUACUGCCCUAGAAACCUCACUUUGUCCAGCUCCGAAUGCCUCCAACUUUUUUAGCUGGACUUCUGUGGUUAGAAGUUGUCCAAUGUUUGCUGUUGUCGCUUAUUAUGAUGUUAGUUUUACAAUUUUCCUUCUACUUUGAUCCUAAAUUCAGAGAAGUCCUUUGAGUUGUCCAUCUCUAUUCUGUUUUCCCAGGAAUAAUCUUUAAAGGCCAGCACAUACUAUAAAAAAUUGGACAAAUUUGUUUCUUUUGCAUAUGUAAGAAAAGAAGUUCUUGCCAGAUACUAUUUUAAGAACAAACUACAAGAACAUCUGUUCUGAGGUGAAUAUUUUUUUCUGUUUUUGCAGAGCAUGUGUAAGCCUUAAGUGUGAGGAAUCCUCAGUUUUUUGCUUGCCAAGUUGUUGUACCUUCAACUAAAUGCUAUGAGCACUUUGUACAAAAAAAGAGUUAAAUCUGCGAUCACGUGUGUUUCACUUAAUGUUUAGCAGUUUAACAACAGGUUUCUCAGUCACACACAACAUUUGUAAAGGAAACCACUGACAGUAAUGUGGAAGGUAGUUGGCAGAAAUAUCACUAAACAAAGGGUAGUUUUUGUUGUAUUUGCCACAACAUUUAUUUAUAGCUUGUUUGUGUCUGUUUUCUUGUAAUCAUGUCAUUUUAAUGCUGUCUUUAACUUAUUUUUAUCAUUUACACAAAUCAGACUGAACAUAUUCUGUUGCUUAUAUUCAUGGCUCAGUCUUGGUCAAAAAUAUUGUGCUUAAUUGUUUUCUCUUUCUCAAAAUCUCCCUAAAAAUAACACACAAAAAAGUAUUGCUUCACAUUGUAUCAUGCAUAUCAUCAAAGCCCUUGAAUUAUUUUUCUAGUUAUAAAAGUACAGAUUUUACCUACAAAGCACUUUGCUAAAGCGAAUAAUUAAUUCUUGUCACUUUAUCGACCCAUGUCUGAGAUGCCGAACACGUGGGACUCUGAGGUUCUGACGUCCAUGAUCCGCUCAAUGCGUCUGGCGUCCGGCCCGAAGUCAGCGAGACAUUCACGGACACUGCAGACAUUCUGAGACAGAUUAUGAUUGUGCGAGUCAACAGAGGAGAGCUUGAACUUUCCCACAGGUCUCACAAAAUGGUGUGAUCUUUUGAGUUCUCUUGUAAAAUAUGCAACAUGUCAAGUGUAAAUAUAAAUGUGAUGAGCGUGUCACUUUAGCACCCGAAACCACAUAAGUCCUGUCACUUAAAAUGUCUUAAAAUUGAGUGCUGUGUGUAUGUAUGAUGUAGUCGGGGUUGUGCUUAUGUUUCACUGAGCUGUUUUUUUUUUAACCUGCUGUCUUUGUGCUUUGUUGCUAGUCCAAAAUGAAUAUGACAUUUCCUCUCCAAACUAGCUAAAUCCAUUUUUGACAUCAUUUGACUUUCUUAAACUGUUGCCGUCUCCUGUCUGAUGCCAUUUUAUCCUCUGCUAUAUUUUUUCCAGCUUCAAGUAUGACUUAUUUUUGAUGAGGCAGUCAUUGUGCACUGAAAUCUGCCUGGAACUGCAUGCACAGAAACAGGGAGGUGUGAAGAAUGUGCUUUGGUUCAAAAGAAAAUACUUAGCACAAAACUCCUUAAAUAUUUUUAAGAAGAGGGAAUUCACAUUAAAGCAGACAUUGUUUUUCUCGUGAUUUGUUUUUUUUAAACUUUGGAGUAGUACUUCCUCUUUGCACAUCUAAACAAGCUUGCAGAAGUAUCUGUGUUUCUGUGUAGUGUGAAGUGCAUGCAUGCCUGUGUGACCAAUGGUUUGACUGUAACUCUGAGCUGUGAACGAAACCGAUCAGAGGCGCUCCAACUGUAUAACACGUGACCAAAGUAGCCACUGUCUAAUGUCAUGUUUUCUUUCUGCAGAUUAUUUUCUUAAAAAAUGCUUGACUUUUUUUUUUUUCCUCCUCGAUGCCAAGAAGCUUGAUGUUUAUUUUUGUACUUUAUUGUAUCAUGCACAUUUCUAUCACCCUCUUGCUACAGAAUUGAAAACUAUAGGGAUUCCUUAGAAAACUGCCACUCAUUAGGGCACCAUUGAAGGUACUAACUGUAACUGUAUUUCAUACUGGAAGCAUGUGCUAAAUACAAGUCAACUGAGAAACGUAUAUAUAAAAUAUAGUUUAUUUGUAUAAAAUGAAGCAUAUCCAAUAUAUUUUUUUCUAGCAUGCUGAUUGCUGCUAAACUUUAUGUUGAGUAAUAAACAAUAACAUUGUUUAGGAAUGGAGCUAACAAAGAGCACUUUUGCUGUUUUUCAGAGACUUAUGCUCAUAUGAACCUUCUGUGAAAUAAAAGAUAAUCAUUUUUUUAUUUCAGAUGCUGCUAUUAUUAUUUUCAGUUUUUAAUGAUUUUUUUUUUCAAAUUAACUUUAAGCCAAGUAGCAAUAAAACUUUUUACUGUGAA